AUGCCGCGCCCGGCGGGAAGGCACCCAGCGGCCGCAGGUUCCGCUUCCGGGCCGGCAUUUUCCCCGCGUCCCGGGCGGGAAAUGGAGGCGCCGCCGAAGCCGGAGGCGGCGGGCGCGGGGCCGGGGCCGGGGCCGGGGCCGGGUCCGGGGCCGGGGCCGGAGCCGGAGCCGGAGCCGGAGCGGGAGCGGGAGCCGGAGCGGGAGCCGGAGCAGCCGGAGGAGGCGCGGCGGGACCCGCGGGUGCGCUGCUGCUCGCGGCGCGGGCUGGGCGCCGUGCUGGAGCUGUGCGCGCCCUUCGUGCGGGCCCUGGCGGAGGGACAGCCCGGCGGGGCCGCCGCCGAGGCGGACGCGAUCUGGAACUUCGAGACAGCGGUGCGGGAGAACGUCACCAUUAACGGGGAGCCCUGGGAGGAGGCCUCGGAUGACUCCCGGCUGCAGAGCGAUUCCAAUAUUAAAAUUCUGGAGGAUGAAUUUGAUGAAUUAAUAGUAGAGACAGCAACUAGGCGUAAACAGUGGCCUAAAAAGAUCCUGGUGCAUGCUAUUGAAACCAUGAAAGCAGAGCAGGAGAUGUUGAAGCUCUACCAGCCUGUGGUAAAACCAGCAGACAUAAGACGUCAGCCUUUGCAAGAUGCUUACAUCGCAGAUCUGAAGCAGGCGGCAGAGGUGGCAUCCAAACAGAUCAGCGAAGCCAUGAAGUGUAUUCCAGCACUCAUAGAAAAAGCAGAAGGUUUUUCCCAAGCAUUGACUAUGCAACCAACCUUGGAACUCUGCAAGCUACGGCAAGAAGUCUUUUCUGGUUUCAAGGUGAAGGAGGAAAACAAUGUCCAAAAUUCAGUACCACCAGGAGAAGUCACACCAACAGGAUCUAUUUGCAGUAAAAAUCCUUAUGUUUUGCUGAAAAGAAGAAAAGCUGCAGAUUCCCCCGGGAGAAGGCGCUACCCACUGCGGCGGAGGAAGAUCACUCUCAGUGCAUGAAUUUCUCAUUUUGUGCUUUCACAUUGGAAUCUCAGUUGUACUUUUGUUCCAUGUGUUCCAUCUUUUUUCUUAGAACUCAUCUCCCCUCAGUGCUAUACAUGGGAGCUUCUUUAAUGAGUCUUUGACCUCUUAAAUAUUUCUGUUUUGCUGACAUAUGAUGAUAUGUGAUGAUAUAUGGUACAUGUACCAGUAGCAUCCAAUAUCCAGCAAGUGUAUUUGCCAUUUAACUAAUUUUUUGCUCUUAUAUUGCAGUUUUUAGCUUGAGUCCUUGUGCUUCUCAGAGUUCAUAUGCAUGCUUUAUGUAUGUGGGCAGUCUUUUAGGAAACCACUAACUGCUCAUUUACAUUCAGCAUGUCUCUAGAGAGGUUGGAGAAUGUCUAGUUCUCCUAAUGCACCUUCAUUAAUUACUGAGGCAUGUGGCUUUUAUAUUAAUGAAUUAAUUGACACUGCAGCAUAUUGAAAUCACCAAAUUUGGUGCAAUGUUGGAGUUUUAAGGAAGUCUAUGCACACAUGUGACAUUAGUCCUUGCUAUCCUACCUUUCCUGAAUGUAGGUCAUUUAGGCUUAUUUAUAGUCAUGCUUGUUGAAACUUGGAAUUUUAAUAAUUGUAUGUAUUUACUUGCAGUGUGCUCUUCUGAACAUGAAUUCAACCAUCAGCAUCUUAGGGUCUGAUAAAUCAUUUAAUGUAAUCCAGGUGUGCACCUGGGGUUUUCCUGAGCAAUAUUUCUACCCAAGAAAGGAUCUUGACUUGGGUUAUGUUUGCAUUUGUGUUGUUUGACUAAACUUUAAAGAUCAGUAGAGGUUACCAGUUAAUGGUAUUCACUUGAGCUAGCUUACUUUUGUUUUCUUUACUCAUUAGUGCCUAGAAUAUUGGAAAUUAGUACUAAAUUGAGCCUUGUGCCUUAACCAUUUAUAACUUUUUCUAGUUUAUGGUUGCAUGUGCCUGCAGUAAAUACUCCUGUCUAGUAUGUAAAAUAUUUGUUACACAGUAAAUGGAGGGGGGUUUUAGAAGCUUUAUUAAUGACAUGUUUGGUGCUAAGAAGACAGGUCCAACCUCUUGUCUAAGAGACUGGGAGUUCACAAGAAAACAGAUUUUAGCAUCAUUUCCUUUGUAAAAGUGAGCAUCUGUACUGAGACUUUGUAUAUGUAAUAAUAUGUAAAUAUUUUUCCUGACCUUGUAUAUACAAAUGUGUGUUUUUAUAUGAAGUAAAUUAAAUCAAUUAAGGAAGAUCAAAGCUUCAGAUAAUAUUGUCAGUUCUAAUCCCGGAAUAGAUGGUGGCUGAGCAGUGAGCAUACUUCAGAGGACAUCUGUGUUAAAUUCUGGCUUGAGUAACUGAAGUAGUUCCAUUUACUGCCUUUGAACUCACAAGUGUUAUUAAUCUCAGGGCUGCAAAGCUUAUUGGGUGAGAGAGGACAGGAUGUGAGAGGGACUGGAGCUGCAGGGCUGUGGGGUGUGUGGCUCAGACUGCUUCUCACACAGCCCCUUGCUAUUUUGAGUGCCAAUGCUCUUUGAGUGCGGCGUUGGAAAUCCCUGCUAUGGCUUUCUUCUCAUGGAUCCUGGCUGCUGCUGGGCUAAGGUGAGCCCUGCAAGAUUCUGCAUGGCCACUGUUACAGUGUUUGGCCAUUUCCUCUGUUAAUAGGAAGAUUCUCUGUUCUUCUCUGCAAAUGACAGGCAAGUACAGAAAAUUGCUAGGAAUAGGUAUCUCUUUGAAGAAGUUCCCUCAGAAAUAGCUGGGGUAGGACAAAUGCCAUAAGAAAUUAAAAGGGAAAGCACUGUGGUUUAAGACUUAAUAAAUAAAUUCACGCAGUGCAUGUUUCUGUUUAGAGACUAAAGGAUAGUUGGCCUGCACAGGUUUUCAAGUUAGUGGGAAUGGAUGCUCUGAGUUAGAGCAGUUGGUCUUCUUUUCCAUAGCCUGUGUUGCAACUGCAAUUGGAUGGAAGAAGAAAAAUGCAUCUGGAAAUGCUGGCCAAGUAGACUGUAUAAAGAAAAAGAUAAAGCAAUCAGGAUUCCAAGUGCAGUGUAUAAACUAGGAAUUUAAAAAUCUGAUGGCUACUUUUGGCCAAGCAACACUGGAAAGAGAACCUUCCUUUAAAUGCAAGUUCUGUGAUGAGUUGAACUCAA